AAAAGUGCCUUUGCAAAAGCCGAUUGUCCACGGCAAGAUCUGGGAAUGUGUGUAUAAAUUGGUUUGUGUUGCGCUGUACGACUGCAAAAGCUGUUAAACACACCACUUUCAGAAAACAUGGAUGCUGGGUUUUUUGGGAUUGUCAUUCUACAAGUUUUUACAUCUGUUCUGUCCUAUCCAAACGGGGCACCAACGUCAGCUUGCGUGGAUAUGAUGCCGAGGCACGCAGGGAUAAAGCCCCAGCCAAACCCUGCUCCAUACACCAUCCAUCCAAACAGCACAACUUUCCAGACUGGAACACCCAUCAAAGUUGUGAUCAAAGGUCCAGACUAUAGAGGCGUGCUCCUUGAGGCUCGCUCUGGAUCCGACUCAAAAGCAAUAGGAACCUGGCAGAUGCCUCCAAGUGACACAAAGUUCUUAGCGUGUUCCGGAAACCAGCAAGGUGCCAUCACUCAUGCCAACACCAACAUAAAAAACAACUCCACCGUCUACACCUGGAUUCCACCAGCUACAGCAAAAAACAUCGUCUUCAUGGCCACUGUAGCCCAGCAGCGCACUGUGUUCUGGGUACAUGUGAUGUCGUCGACUCUGACUUCAGGUAAUGGCGGAGAAACAUCACUUGAAGUGCACAACAGUGCUGACAGGAUUGUCACACCUGACCUGAUACUCCUUGUUGUCCUGCUGGCAAAUGUUCAGUAUCUACUUGCUUAAGAAUGAUCCAGACUAAAUGAUACUGGCUCAGUUACUUUGUAUAAAAUAUUUAAUCAGCAUUAAACAUUUAGGCACACAAUUUUAUUUGCCUAAUGUUUAGCAGACAGUUG